UUUGGUAGAAACCGUGUUUCUAGAGAGUUUCACACAAAUCGGGCGUCUGUUUCUGACUUAUGGUUCAACGUGGACAAAUUAGAUAGCAUGAGUCGUCGAGAGCUACAGCAACUGUGCAAGAAAUGUGGCAUUAAAGCAAACAGCAAAACAGAUACGCUUUUAAACGACCUUAGAGAGUUUUACGCACAAUACAUCGCCGACACGUCGUCGAUUCUUCACUAUCCUUUCAUGAUGCCAAGUAAUCAAUCGUCCGUCGCCACAAGUAAGGCAAAGAGGAAGAGGUUUCUUCCAGUGGAACCUAAUCUAGAUAAGAAACUUAACUUGUUUAGCCCAAUGGAAUCACCUGGUCAGUGGAUAAGUGGAGAGGUAGGCAAGCUGAAUAGAACUGUAAAAACAAAGGGAAUUAUAAGUAAAACUAUAGGAGAGUACAAGAGCAUAACAGAUACUGAUGAUGACAAUGCCUCAAAUACAAACGACAUGUACUUGACAAAGAAUGCUAGUGUGUCUGCUGUUUUAAACUGCACUUCCAACAAGCUGUUCAUGAUAAGCCAUUGGCAGAAACAACAGGUUGAGAAAAUGGGGAAAGAGAAAUUCAAUGAAUACAAAAAAUCACUCUCUAGCAGUGGGUCGCAGUUUCACAAGUGUAUGAAUGAUAUUCUGCAAGGUGAGACAGAUAGAUCGAGCCACUUUCCAGAACUGAUUUCAGGUUUAAUCCAGAGUGUAGCAAAAGCAGAAAUUUUAAAGCUUCUUACUAAAGACAAAGUCCUGGCAACAGAGGAAUAUGUGACACAUACAUCAAUUGGUUAUUCCGGCACUUUUGAUGGUCUUGCCAUAUGCAAUGGAGUGCCUUGUGUCAUUGAAUGGAAAACCUCAACAAAACCUAGACCUACACUAGAAAGUUGUUAUGAUGCACCUCUUCAAGUUGUAGCAUAUGCUGGGGCUAUAAAUUCAAAUCCUAUUUCGAGGAUUCCUGUAACAAACUGUAUGAUUGUCAUUGCACAUCAUGAUGGUUCUAAAGCAGAUGUCCACUGGAUGGACUUAGAAACUUGUGAGAAAUUUUGGAACUGCUGGUUACUCAAGGUUUUAAAGUACAAGGAAAAAACUGAAUGUGUCUCAAAGCAAAAGGGUUCAUGA